AUGCUGCGGGCUUCCUGCGAUAUGGAAUGCGAUCACCUCUCGGAAAAGAGGAGUCGUGACAGGAAAACACUGUUAGAUGCAAAGGAAAAACCUCGGAGAUUUCGCUUCCGUACUUCGUUCUUUCUUUCCGACAUUUCAUUAUUAAACCAGACACGGACGGAUAUCACACAGAACAGCGAUUGUAAAUCAGCAAUUCUUAUAAGCCAUUGGGGGAAUAUUGAUCUUCCUGAUUUUACACACUUUAUCUCUCUACUUUUUUUUCCGCCUUUCUUUCUCAACGUCGAUACUCACACCCACUCUCUUUUCUCUUGUCCUGCUCUCUUUUUAUCUUUCUCCCUUCCAUUCUUUUACGCCUGUCAGUCUCCUUUUUGUCUAACUGCUCAUCCAUCCUCUUUCAUUCUGUCUCCGUCCGUCUCUCUCUCUCCCGUCUUUCUCUUAAUCUCUCCUCUCUCUAAUUCUCCUUUCCCGUCCGAAUCUCUCUCUCUCCCCCGUCCGUCUCUCUUUCCAAGUCUCUCCCGUCCGUCUUUCUCUCUCUCUCUCUCUCCUAUUCCGUCUCUCUCUCUAUAUUUCUCGCCCGCGCGUCCGUCUCUCUCUCUCUCUCCAAAAAAAAACCGCGUCGUCCGUCUCUCCCUAGAAUCCGUAAGUCGAAUGGUUGAAACCUCUCAAGCGCGUCCGUCUCUCCCUCUAAUAAAGAAAAUAUUGAAAUUCUAUUGUCAGAUUUCCAAAACAAAAAAGGGAAAAAUAUGA